AUGAAUUCGAGCAACGGCAAAUGGGCUGCUUUUUCUUCAGUUCCAGCUGGAAUGGACGCGACUUUUUGCUUCAAAUCAGAAGAAGUCACCACGAUUUGUGGCAAUUCCCUGUGUGCCAAUCCGGCCACGGCUCAGUACGAGUGCAAAUGUCCUGAUGAUGGAAGUUCGCUGAUCACUGAAUUCGGCAUCGAAAAGUGCGUCGAUCCAACUCCACCCUGCGAAGUAGACGAUCCUUGUAUUGCCCCGGCUGUCUGUAGAAAUGCAUUUGAUUCCGCUUUUUGCGAGUGUCCAGAUGAAGGUGUUACUAAAUUCUUGUCUUCUGAUGGCAUUUCUUGCGAAAUCAUUGACCCGUGUUCGACUGGUCUCCACAACUGCAAUCAUCCAAGUCUUGAGUGCGUACCCACUCAAAUUGCAGGGGAGUACAAAUGUGAGAAUAUAUUUGAAUGUCCCUGCGAGAUGGACUGUUUGAACCCUCCUUGCCUCGACCUCGCUGAUUGCUCUGGUCUUGGUUCCCUCACUUUGUGCCCGGAAAUUGACUGCACAAGUAUCGGAACAUACAAGGGGCAGUACAGGUGCCCAGUUGGAAAAAAUGGAAAUUGCGGAUUCGGCGGGCUGGAUCAGCCGGUUGAAGCUCCCGUUCCGAUUGCAGGUGUUUCGAAACGAAAUUCCGCGACGAGCCUAACAUCCAGUACGAGUUCGAGAUCGAAGCUUGACCUCUCUGAUAUCGGCAUCAACAAGAAAACUUCGCCAGAACCUGAGAAAAAGCCGCUACCAGCGAGCAGUCCAGAAAGAAAUCUUUCAAGUCCGCCGGCGAAUAUGCAAAGCUCCGUGCGCAGAAUAGUUGUGAAACCGCCAGAGCCGCUUAGUACUGUCAGCGAUUACCUUAAACCUGUACCAAAGAAAUCAUCCCCAACUCCCGAAGAAAUCCCUGAAGACCGAUCUGAAAUCGAAUCCAUCGCUUCCAGCUACACAGAAACCACAAUCACUCCAUCAUCUUCAGAUACGGACUCGAAAGACAACGAAGAUAGCCGACUAUCCGAUCAGAGCGACAAAACUACAAGCAGCUUAGGAAAGUUUUCUUUGUCAUAA